GUCCUCAGUCAACCUGCUGUUGACAAACCUCAUCCAGGGGAAGCAGCUUCCCUCGGCUCUCGUCUGGAUCACUUCCCGACCUGCAGCAGCCAAUCAGAUCCCUCCUGGGUGUGUUGACAGGGUAACAGAAGUACGAGGCUUCACUGACGACCAGAAGGAGGAGUACUUCAGGAAGAGAGUCAGUGAUGAAGAGUUGUCCAGCAGAAUCAUCUCCCACAUCAAGACAUCCAGGAGUCUCCACAUCAUGUGUCUGAUCCCAGUCUUCUGCUGGAUCACUGCUACAGUCCUGGACCAUCUGUUGACUACAGACCAGAGAGGAGAGCUGCCCAAGACCCUGACUGACAUGUACUCCCACUUCCUGCUGGUUCAGACAAAGAGGAAGAAGCUCAAGUAUGCUGAGGGACAUGAGACAAGACCACAGGAGCUGAUGGAGGCCGACGGGGAAGUUCUUCUGAAGCUGGGGAGGCUGGCGUUUGAACAGCUGGAGAAAGGAAACAUCAUGUUCUACCAAGAAGACCUGGAGCGCUGUGGUCUGGAUGUCACAGAGGCCUCGCUGUACUCAGGAGUCUGUUCAGAGAUCUUUAAAAGAGAGAGUGUGGUCUUCAAGAAAACUGUCUACUGCUUCGUUCAUCUGAGCGUUCAGGAGUUUCUGGCUGCAGUCUACCUGUUCCACUGUUACACCAAAAGGAACACACAGGUACUCACGGACUUCCUGGGGCCAGACUUCAGGCACAGGGACUCAAACUCAAAGUCUUUUCUCAAGAAGAUUUCUAAGUCUUUUGGAAAGAAAGAUAGCCGUGGUGACAGAGAACAUGACCAUUACCCAUCCCUGGAUGUCUUCCUGAAGAGAGCCAUGGAGAAAUCCCUGAGGAGUAAAAAUGGCCACCUGGACCUGUUUGUCCGCUUCCUCCAUGGCCUCUCUCUGGAGUCCAACCAGAGACUCUUAGGAGGCGUGCUGGGUCAGACAGACAACAGUCCAGAAAUCAUCCAGAGAGCCAUCAACAACCUGAAGGAGAUGAAUAGUAUAAAGAUCUCACCUGACAGAAGCAUCAACAUCUUCCACUGUCUGAUGGAGAUUAAGGACCACUCAGUCCAUCAGGAGAUCCAAGAGUUCCUGAAGUCAGGGAACAGAUCAGAGAAGAAACUCUCUGAGAUCCAGUGCUCAGCUCUGGCCUACAUGCUGCAGAUGUCAGAGGAGGUUCUGGAUGAGUUGGACCUGAGCCAGUACAACACAUCAUUGGAGGGAAAACUGAGACUGAUUCCAGCUGUGAUGAACUGCAGAAAGGCUCGAUUGGAGAGCUGCAGUUUGUCAGAGAUCAGCUGUGCUGCUCUGGCCUCAGCUCUGAAGUCCAACCCCUCCCAUCUGAGAGAGCUGGACCUGAGCUGGAACAAAGACCUGAAGGAUUCCGGAGUGGAGCAGCUGUGUGCUGGACUGGAGAGUCCAGACUGUAGACUGGAGACUCUGAGAUUGGUGAAAUGCAGUUUGUCAGAGAUCAGCUGUGCUGCUCUGAUCUCAGCUCUGAAGUCCAACCCCUCCCAUCUGAGAGACCUGGACCUGGGCCUGAACUACCUGAAGGAUUCAGGACUGGAGCAGCUGUGUGCUGGACUGGAGAGUCCAGACUGUAGACUGGAGACUCUGAGAUUAAGGAGCUGCGGCUUUUCAGAGAUCAGCUGUGCUGCUCUGGCCUCAGCUCUGAAGUCCAACCCCUCCCAUCUGAGAGACCUGGACCUGAGCCAAAACAAGCUGAAGGAUUCAGGAGUGGAGCAGCUGUGUGCUGGACUGGAGAGUCCAGACUGUAGACUGGAGACUCUGACAUUGGGGAACUGCAGUUUGUCAGAGAUCAGCUGUGCUGCUCUGGCCUCAGCUCGGAAGUCCAACCCCUCCCACCUGAGACACCUGGACCUGAACAACAACAACCUGAAGGAUUCAGGACUGAAGCAGCUGUGUGCUGGACUGGAGAGUCCAGACUGUAGACUGGAGACUCUGAGAUUGGGAUACUGCAGUUUGUCAGAGAUCAGCUGUGCUGCUCUGGCCUCAGCUCUGAAGUCCAACCCCUCCCACCUGAGACACCUGGACCUGAACAACAACAACCUGCAGGAUUCAGGAGUGAAGCAGCUGUGUGCUGGACUGGAGAGUCUAGACUGUAGACUGGAGACUCUGAGAUUGGAGAGCUGCUGUUUGUCAAAGAUCAGCUGUGCUGCUCUGGCCUCAGCUCUGAAUUCCAACCCCUCCCGUCUGAGACACCUGAACCUGAGCUACAACAAAGACCUGAAGGAUUCAGGAGUGGAGCAGCUGUGUGCUGGACUUGAGAGUCCAGACUGUAGACUGGAGACUCUGAGAUUGGGGGGCUGCAGUUUGUCAGAGAUCAGCUGUGCUGCUCUGGCCUCAGCUCUGAAGUCCAACCUCUCCCAUCUGAGAGACCUGGACCUGAGAAACAACAACUUGAAGGAUUCAGGACUGGAGCAGCUGUGUGCUGGACUGGAGAGUCCAGACUGUAGACUGGAGACUCUAAGAUUGAGGGACUGCAGUUUGUCAGAGAUCAGCUGUGCUGCUCUGGUCUCAGCUCUGAAGUCCAACCCCUCCCAUCUGAGAGUCCUGAUCCUGAGCUACAACACCCUGAAAGAUUCAGGAGUGGAGCAGCUGUGUGCUGGACUGGAGAGUCCAGACUGUAAACUGGAGACUCUGAGAUUGGAAUACUGCAGUUUGUCAGAGAUCAGCUGUGCUGCUCUGGUCUCAGCUCUGAAGUCCAACCCCUCCCAUCUGAGACACCUGGACCUGAGUAACAACAACCUGAAGGAUUCAGACGUGAAGCAGCUGUGUGCUCUAGAGGAGAGUCCAGACUGUAGACUGGAGACUCUGAGAUUGGUGAACUGCAGUUUGUCAGAGAUCAGCUGUGCUGCUCUGGUCUCAGCUCUGAAGUCCAACCCCUCCCAUCUGAGAGACCUGGACCUGAGCAUCAGCAACCUGGAGGAUUCAGGAAUGAAGCAGCUGUGUGCUGGACUGGAGAGUCCAGACUGUAGACUGGAGACUCUGGGAUUGAUGUACUGCAGUUUGUCAGAGAUCAGCUGUGCUGCUCUGGCCUCAGCUCUGAAGUCCAACCCCUCCCAUCUGAGAGACCUGGACCUGAGUGACAACAACCUGAAGGAUUCAGGAGUGAAGCAGCUGUGUGCUGGACUGGAGAGUCCAGACUGUAGACUGGAGACUCUGAGAUUGGAGAGAUGCAGAUUGUCAAAGAUCAGCUGUGCUGCUCUGGUCUCAGCUCUGAAGUCCAACCCCUCCCAUCUGAGAUACCUGGACCUGAGCUACAACAAGCUGAAGGAUUCAGGAGUGAAGAAGCUGUGUGCUGGACUGAAGAGUCCAGACUGUAGACUGGAGACUCUGAGAUUGGAGAGAUGCAGUUUGUCAAAGAUCAGCUGUGCUGCUCUGGCCUCAGCUCUGAAGUCCAACCCCUCCCAUCUGAGAGAGCUGGACCUGAUAAGGAACGACCUGAAGGAUUCAGACGUGAAGCGGUUGUGUGAUCUGAAGAAGAGUCCAGACUGUAGACUGGAGACUCUGAGAUUGGUGAAAUGCAGUUUGUCAGAGAUCAGCUGUGCUUCUCUGGUCUCAGCUCUGAAGUCCAACCCCUCCCAUCUGAGACACCUGGACCUGAGCAUCAACAACCUGAAGGAUUCAGGAGUGGAGCAGCUGUGUGCUGGACUGGAGAGUCCAGACUGUAGACUGGAGACUCUGAGAUUGGAGAGCUGCAGUUUGUCAGAGAUCAGCUGUGCUGCUCUGGUCUCAGCUCUGAAGUCCAACCACUCCCAUCUGAGACACCUGGACCUGAGCCACAACGACCUGAAGGAUUCAGGAGUGGAGCAGCUGUGUGCUGGACUGGAGAGUCCAGACUGUAGACUGGAGACUCUGAGAUUGGAGAGCUGCAGUUUGUCAGAGAUCAGCUGUGCUGCUCUGGUCUCAGCUCUGAAGUCCAACACCUCCCAUCUGAGAGACCUGGACCUGAGCUACAACAAAAACCUGCUGGAUUCAGGAGUGGAGCAGCUGUGUGCUGGACUGGAGAGUCCAGACUGUAGACUGGAGACUCUGAGAUUGGGGGGCUGCAGUUUGUCAGAGAUCAGCUGUGCUGCUCUGGCCUCAGCUCUGAAGUCCAACCCCUCCCAUCUGAGAGAGCUGGACCUAAGGAACAACAACCUGAAGGAUUCAGGAGUGGAGCAGCUGUGUGCUGGACUGGAGAGUCCAGACUGUAGACUGGAGACUCUGAGAUUGAUGGACUGCAGUUUGUCAGAGAUCAGCUGUGCUGCUCUGGCCUCAGCUCUGAAGUCCAACCCCUCCCAUCUGAGAGACCUGGACCUGAGCUACAACAACCUGAAGGAUUCAGGAGUGGAGCAGCUGUGUGCUGGACUGGAGAGUCCAGACUGUAGACUGGGGACUCUGAGAUUGUUGUACUGCAGUUUGUCAAAGAUCAGCUGUGCUGCUCUGGCCUCAGCUCUGAAGUCCAACCCCUCCCAUCUGAGAGACCUGGAUCUGAGCAUCAACAACCUAAAGGAUUCAGACGUGAAGCAGCUGAGUGAUCUGAAGAAGAGUCCAGACUGUAGUCUGGAGACUCUGAGGUCAGUAGAGGGUUGGAUCAGAGGGAUCAGGAGGAGGAUGUGUUGCAGGACCAGCUGAGUCCUGAUGAUCCAGAGAGGUUGAAGCAGCAGCAUCACCUCUAUCUGGGCCGUGGUACUGGGAGGUAGAGCCGAGAGACUCUGGCCGCUUCACAAUCCCAACAAUGGAAAGACCAGACUAGUGGUUUUGGGGAGAACCUUCUUGUUAGUCUCUCUCCAUGAACCCUGUUGACAGUUUGAGACGAUGCCUUCUUGCUGGUAUUGUGUAAUAACCCAACGCAGAGGCCGCCUGCAGAGCUCCAAAAUAA